UAUUUUAUCAGUGUUUUUGUGUUGUGUUGUUGUGUCUGCCUCGUGAUUCCGGUGUCAAAAUCUUUGUCUUUUAUUGAAAAAUGGAUUCACUUCGAGAGCAAGUAAUGAUAAACCAAUUCGUUCUGGCCGCUGGAUGUGCUCGGGAGCAAGCGAAACAGUUGUUACAAGCCGCUCAAUGGCAAUUUGAGACGGCGCUGAGUAUUUUCUUUCAAGAAGCUGCUCUUCCUGGCUACUCAAAUCCUGCUGCUCACUUUGGACAAGUUUGUACUCCGUGUAAUACGCCUGCUACGCCUCCUAAUUUCCCCGACACUUUACUUGCCUUCUCCAGAAUGUCAGCUUCAGACAAAGUUUGUUCCUCGCCCUCAACAGUUAUAUUUUCAACAUCACCUAAACAACAAACAAAUCCACAAACAUCAGCAUUGCAACAGCAAAAUUUAUCCACAACACAGUUCACUCUACAGACCAAUAAUUCACAGUCGACAGGUGUCACCUUGAACAACAGAUAAAACAACUCGGCUAGUUAACUUUAGCUGUCCAAAGAAUGUUAUACCUAUGUAAUGUUACAUUACAGUAAGUGUGAAUGUUUUAUUUGUAUUGUGACUCUUCCUUUUUUAUUCAGUUGCUCUUAAGUCGCUGUAUAUUUGUUGCAUUCAAGGCUACAUUGCCAGUCUUAAUUUGAUAAAUCUUGUAAAUAAUUUUUUUCCUUCAGUCACCGUUACCUGCAAAUUUGUUUGUUGACUCCUGACUUUUCUUUUGGACUAAUCUCUCAAGUAGAAACUAUAUCAAAGUUGAUCAAAUAACGUUAAGUUUUUAUUUUUAAUUUUUUGUACCCCCCCCCCCCCCCCCCCAUCACAGAAAUUGUUUCUAAAAUGAGUAUCACAGCUUUAAGUACAAUUUUUCCUCCAAACUUUUUGAAUGUAGAUCACCAUCUAAUAACUCGGGAAUAUCUUGUUUGUUUCCAAAAUUUCUUAACUUUUUCUCAUAGUUUGUUGUCAGAUUUCUGAAAGAAAUAAUUUUUGUAUCAGGCCUCUUUUUAUAAUUGUAUUUAACCAUGAAUUAAAAAAAUUCAUAAUAUUCCAAGUAGUUGCUCCAUUUUAAUGAAGUGGAUUCAAAAACUGCGCGUCUUUGUAAACCUUCAGGAUUUCAUUCUACAAUUAGUUUUUAUUGCUUCCUUUAAAGUAAGAAGUAAAUGGUAUACUUUUCUGCAGUAUGCUCACCAUUCUCUGAAUGUUUUGGUUUGAGAAGUACAAAAGUUUUUUAGUGAUCCAUUAAGGGUCUACUGCUGAUAUUUUUUUGUGGGUAUUGCUCACCAAAAAGUCUGAGGUUCAGGACGUGUCUGCAUUUUUUUCAUAUUUCAACUUCCCUUUUACUACUUCCAAUAUUGUUCCUUUGAACUUGGUGUACCAACAGAAUAUUUCAGUACUCUCAUAUAGUUUGAUCAUUUAUUCAAGUUAAAUAAUGGUUUCAAGAACUGGAAUAAGUAGGAAGAACGGGGAUCAUCACAAGGCAUAAAAUAUCCAAUUUACGAUAUUUGCCUGGAAAUUAAUGUCUAAAAUCGAGAAUUUUUUAUUUUUCUGUGUUGGAACCUAUUAUGUCGAUAAAAAUGGCAGUCCAUGUCAACUAGGCCGUAAUAACUCUCAGAGUGAUGAAAAAAAUAAAAAAUUUUAGCCCUGAGGUCCAAUGGAACACCUAGUUCUUCUCCAAAGAAUCCCAGAAAAACUGGCAGCUAAUCCAGAAUCUUCAUCAGGAUAUUUACCUGAAAAUUUGAUGAAUGUAAUGAGAGAAUUUAAACAUUUAAACAUUUCAGACACUAAGUCAAAGGAUGUAUGUCUUUGAGAGACAAAAACACUGCAAAGGUGGAUUUUAUUAGCUAAAGUUUCUUGUCUCUAGCCAUCAUCAGUACCACCACAAUGUGGUCAAAAUUGAAGGCACAAGAGUUUCUAAAAUACCAGUAUUAGAGCAAAUAUGUGUUUCUUCCAACUUAAAAACAACCAUAAUCAAACAAUAAAAUUCAUGCCUUAUCACUUAUCACCUGCUGCUCAUCACCCACUACCAUGAGCAACAGGUGAUGAGGCAUGAACUAUAUAAUUUAAUUAGGAUUGUUUUUAAGUCAGAAGAUAACCCUAUUUGCUCUAAUGCUAGUUUGUUUUUUAUUGUAGUGCCCUUAAUUUUUAUCACAUGUAAGUAUAACUUUUUUUAAAAUCAUUUGAAAGUGCUGUUCGUAAUGCUCUGGUGAAGGCUUGAAACAAGAGGCUUUAACCAGUAAAAGUUAAUCCAGUUGUAUAAGGCUACUAAAUAAGAUAUGGUGUCGUUCAAUAGGACAUCUACGAGUUAUUUUAUUUUAUUUCUUUCUUUUUUCCCCCUUGAAUCACUAAAAAGAAACCAACUAAAUACCUAGUACCAGUUGACCAAUUGUAUACGGCCUCUUGUUGUAUGAUCAGCGGUUGGUGAACUUAAUGUCAACGAUGGUUUUAAUAGAUUCAUCCGUUAGGAAUUGCACAUACUGAGCUGCAAGUUCUAAAUAAUGUGAAUUCUUUAGUUCAUCUAUCAAUUCUUUAAUUUCCUACUGUUUAUUUAUUUGCUCAAUGUGGUCAUCAACUUUUUGUAAACUUAAGAUCACCUCAUAGUUGAACCCAGCUUCCUAAUUUAGGAUUGCAUUUAUGCUUUUGCUAAGUUUGCUCAUCUGUUAUCGAUUUUGAAACUACUUUCGCAAAUUCCUUUUUUAUCUUUUUAAAUUUCGGAAGAAGUAGAUAGAGCCUCUUCCUCCAAUUUUGUAAAUUUUUUUUAUUGAUGUCAACACUAAACGUCUGAAUAAUACCUGCCUCUGUACCUAAAGACAACCAAUAUUUUAACAUUUGCUCCAAAAGAUUACUUGAUUUUGCGCUUGUUUGAUUGCAGAUGCAACAAAAUUUUUCAAAAGUUCCUUUUGAAACCGGAAAAAACUCUCUGAAAGUACAGAAAAUUUAAUUCUUUGCUAUCUCAUAGAUAAUCUUUGACCGCCCUCUUUUUGUUUGACCACGCAGGAUUUUUUUUAUGGAGUUCAUUGUUGCUGUAAUGAGAAUUUGUACACCAAUAUUUGUGAAAUCUGUAUUACUAUCCAUUUAAUGAUUUCUCAUCAAUAAUUUAAUUUAAUUUGUACUUUUAAUUUUAGAGUAUUGAGCAAUAGGGUUGUCCUAAGAUGGCAGAAUGAUGGAUACCAAAGCAAAAAUAUCUCAGCUCAACUCUAAAAAUAGAAAAGCGCACUUAAUAUUAGAGAAGACGUUUGUAUCACAAGGUUAUCAUCUAUCGAUCAAAAUUACAAUAGAACUACGUCACAUUUAAAACUCUCUUAUGUAGAAUUCUCAUUUCAAGGAAUAUAAUUCAGACUGCAUCAUUUAAGGAUGUACUUAGCAGCUAAUGCCUCCAUUAUAUUUCAAUUUCAGUUAAUAUCUGCACCUGUUCAAAAUAUUCAAUCCGCUCAUUGCGAUUAACAUAUGAUUUAAAUUCAAUGAGUAGUACAAUUUUAUAUUUAUUGCAGCGAUCUUGAUUACAGUGUCUGUAUGAAAGUCUCCUUUUCUUGUAAUUGAUUCGGUAAUAAUUAAAUCUUUUAAAGGUUCUUUCUUUCUUUUCCAAAUGAGAGUUUUGCCAUAAAAUUUUUGAGCAUCGGGAAUUUUGUGAAAUUGGACUUGCAGCAGAUCUGAUUCAAGGUUUUUGUAGGAACUAAAUCCAUUAUUAGAGAUGGGGUCUCUUUGCUUCUCAAAAUUUAAAGAAUUGUUAUACUUCUGCCUAUAUUUAUCGGAUUUGAAGAAUAUGGGGAUUUCCAAAUUUAUCAUACGUUUGAAAUUAUUUGGGAAGUUCUUAAGGUUUGAAGGUUUUGAACAAGUGGAAUAUUUCAUUUGAAUAAUUUUUAAGGGUCCAUUUGUCAGUAUGACCUUUUUGCGCCAAAAAAAAGAAAUUUGUACCCGCAAAAAAGAUAAACAAAAGAGGCACAGUGAAGCAUUAAUUUUCUGAACAAAGCAUAUUUUCACUGAUAACACCCAAAACUUUUUUCAGUACAUUUUUGAAGUUUCAAUGAAAUAGAAAACUUUUCGGCUUUAAUCAGUAAGCGUUAAACUUAUUUUUUAUGCUCAUGUAUUUUGUAUGGAACUUUCCUUAGUCGAUAGUUAUUGUAACUAUAAUCUCAGUAUCAAGUGUAAGUAGUAUACUGUGUCAAUGUAAAUAGAUUUAUCCAAGCCAGUUGGAUUAACAAUAAUCGUCAAUGGUCCUUCAGUCAAAGUCUCGUGACUCUGAAAAUGAUGUCGAAUUUUGAAAUCUAAUGAGAAAAUCCAAAAUUUUACCCUGAGAUGUAUGAUCUCCUUUCUGCCUGACCUAACCAAAAUCCUUCAAACUAUCUAUAAAAUUCUAAAUUUACUCACAAUGGGUAAAAAUAUACUUUUCGAGCAGUUUCCGUAAACUCUAUUAAGGUUAUUCUUUUUUUUUCUUCUUUUCUUUUUGAUUUUUGUUUAUUCUUAAGUAGGAAUGAAGCGCUUAUCUGAUUUUAUUUUCUUUGUAUUCUAAUUUUAAUUUUGUUCACAAUGAGCCAAUCAUGAAGACUACUUAGACUCAAUCACCUGAAUGUGCUCUGCAGGGAUAUGCCCUGUUUUUUUUUGUAAAUGAAAAUCUGUAAUCAACACACAGUCUUACCUCAAUUAUUUGAUGAGUUGUGAUGGAAAAUCGACCCUGAUAAUAGAUAAUGCAUGAAUGCAUAUAUUAUAAGAAAGAAAAAAAUGAAGAAAACGGAAAUAAAAUGAUGAAAAAGUGAGGAAAAUGAUGCAUAAACAAGCCUCAUUGUUGCGCUGGAUAACUGAAGUGUGGACUUGGUGAUGAGUGAAUAACCGAGGGAUUGUCUUACAGAUCUUCAUCAAUGAUCCUAUUUGUAUCACUCUAGAUCACCAUCAUAUCUCUAGAAUAGUGCACGAGUAUAGGGUCAAUCUUGCAAAUCUUUCAUUUAAUGCACAAAAGGAUUGGGUGUAAUCAAUUUGCUCGCUUAGUAUGGACGUUAUGUAAUCAUAAAAACGAUUUUUCUCUUCCGAAAUUUUGAACUCUGUUUAUUGUACAUUUGAUAAAAUUCUCUAAUGGAUAGUUAUCACUUACAUUGUAUCAUUUAAUCCUCUUACUUUAAUCAUUAUUAGGUUCUGAUACAAGCAGAGUGGACUAAAUUUUGUCUACAGUAAAAGUAUUAAUUUAAGUUUCAAUGAUUCUGUUUUAGAAUUUUGAGUUGGUGGUGCCUUUUCACUUAUUGAAAAUUAAAAAUUUGUCAGUCCCUAUGUAGUCGCAUUGUAGUAUUCUAUCCUUCUACCACAGCUUCUUUUUGUCAAGAGUUGGCAACCGACUUGUAUUGGUUGUUUUAAGACAGCUUAAUUUGACUAGAAGCUUUAUUGCUUUGUCAGCCAAGAUUUGUCGUUACAGAUGAUUCAGGGUUGCCACAGUCAGGGAAUACUGGGAAAACCGGGAAAUGUCUAUGAAUUUUCAAAAGUCAGGGAAAACAUGAAAGUUUCAGAGAAAAAUUGUUGUGUCAUCUUUGUUUGUUUUCUAUAAAGAGUUUGAUGUUUCAAGGAAAAAAUUUUGCCCGGAAACUAUUUCAAAUUAUGUCUUUUUAAACAUCUGGGUCAUCCUCAAUUGUCAAGUAAUUAGAUCAAAAUAUGUCAGGAAAAUCAGGAUGAUGUCUAGGAAUUUCUUUCUCCAUACUCUGUGGCAAUCCUGUAUGCUGCUUUGCAUUGAAAUGCUUUUAUGAUAAUUUAACUAACUUUGUAAAUGAAUUUUAUACUCUGUUCACUUUGCGAUUGUUCGGAUUGCUCUAUUAAAUGAUAUGUCUGAAGGAGCAAAGUGUAUUUAGGAUUCUCUCAAAAAACAGAAUUUUUGAGGGAUCAGGAUAACCACUACCUUAAUACUACUGCCCUGUAGAAAUUUCUCUUAUUAUUUCUUUUCUACAUCUAAUCAUCUGUUGAACCAGUAAAUCGUGGAGUGAAUAGUGUGUAUUUGUAGUAGGUUUUUGUAAGAUGCAAGGGAUUUAAGUAAAUCAUGUUUCAGUUUUAAUGUGAUAUAUUUUUUAAAAAUUUGUACAUAAGUGAAAUACAAUAAAGUUCUCGGAUAUUUAGUGCUAUUAA